GGUUGGGCCGGACGUUUUUCUCGCCACGCGACGCCGUCUCAUCGCGCGCGCUCGCUUCGCCGUCUCUAGUGCCAAGAAAGAAGUCACGAAUGAUCGCGUUCGCGAAGGGUGCAGUGCGAGUGAAUAGCGGCCCGGCUGUUAGAGGCCCGUCCGCGCCUACUCUGACAAUGUUCGUACGUCGAAAUGGUGUUUCUUGAGCACAGACUGGCGCCUGCCAAGAGCAAUUGACGAGCGUAUUUCUCGGCCGCAUAUGUGACGGUUGUCACGUUCCGCCCGCAGCUACGAGUGUAAGGACCAGCACCCGUUAAACUAAAGUUCGUUCACCUCGUACAUUGAAGCCACGUAUAAAGCUGGCGAGAUGGUCGGCAUGAGGCUGACUGCCACACGAAAUAACUAAAGGCAAUGCCGGAUAGCAGCCCCAACGCUCCCAGCUAUGCCGACACACUGGGAAAUGUCUCCGUCAACCUCUCCCUGCAACUCACUGGUCGUGUCGGCGGCGGUCAAGACCAAAGCACUGUAUUCGGGCCACAGUACCACGGUCAGGUGCGAAUCACCAUAAUCCUCGUCAUGAUCGCCUUCUCGGUCACGGGAAACAGCGUCGUCUGCUGGCGGCUACUGCGUAACCAUAGGCGUCGUCGCUACCAGAAGGCGCACGUUCUGUUCCUGAACUUGGCCGUGGCCGACCUUCUGGUCACCACGGUCACGAUGACCUCGCAAACGGUAUGGGAGAUAAUGGGUCGCUCCUGGAUCGCUGGCGACGCCUUCUGCCGCGUCUUCAAGGUGCUGCAGACGUUCGCGCUCGCCUCGUCCACAUACAUGAUCGUGGCCAUCGCCCUGGACAGACACUUCGCCAUCGUGUACCCGCUAGCCAGGUGCCCCACGCCUUCUCGCCUCGCCGCAGCCGCCUGGGUCGCUUCGCUGUUGCCAUCGCUGCCCAACCUCUACGUGUUCCGGCUAGUGGACGCUGGUAAGGGGACCAGCUACUGCGCGUCCCUGUUCUACGCCCACAAGACGGUCUCGCCACUUCCUCGUCAGCUGUACAUGACCUCCGUGUUCUUGGCCGUAUUCGUGCUCCCACUGAUCCUGCUCGUUGCCUUGUACGGCCGAAUCCUUGUCGAGAUCUGGCAGCAGAGCUCGGCGCUCAAGAACAGGCACCAGACGACCUCAGCACUCCCCAAGGCCAAGGUCAAGACUGUCAAGCUGACGGCAGCCAUCUUCGCUGCCUUCUUGGUGACCAACGUGCCCUACGUAAUCCAGGAGCUGGCCCUGGCUUUCGCCGCCUCCAGCGUCUCCCUGGAUCGAAACGUGGUGGCCCUGUUCGGCGUCAUCUCGGCCUCCAACAGCGCCAUAAACCCGUUCAUCUUCCUCUUCUUCCAAAAGAAGAGCAGCAGCUCGAAGCGGAGGAGGCGCUUCGUGAUGCCCUUCCGCAAGGACACCGUCGCUGAGGGAAAACACGGGGCUAGCUGCUCCAGCUGUCGGAACAGCGGCGGUGGUCCCGAUCGCUACACCAGCUCGACGAAGAGUCAAUCGACCGUCUACACCGUGUCAACGAGAGACACAAAUCAACGGUCGCCCUCCUCGGAACAGAGUGCCGAUCAAAACACAUAAUCAGUGCUCCAGUGACGCUCGUGAAGUUAACCUUAUGAUGAUGCUUUCACGAACAAACCAUCGUAAUCACUAGUUACUGCCGUGCUUGUUCUUCUGUUCAAGGUAUAUAUGAACAGCAUGGAGUAAAAAAAAGAAACGAAAAUAUAAUGGUGUUUAACGAUGCACCGUGACUGGCUGUGAAAAGCUCUCCUGCCCUAUUUCAGACUCACCUACUCAAUAGCGGUGCGCGAAUUGCAGUAGCCCUGAGGUAUAAUAUGGAAAAAAAAAGAAACAAUACUCAGAAUCGAAACAUGCUCACCUUCUCACACUCAGGACCAGCUUAUUCCUUGUACCUGAAUUCUCACCCAUUAACCUGAAUUCUCACCCAUUAUCAGCAGCACGUAUGGCACGCUAUACUAUAAGUUUCAUACACAGAAGGCAACGUUGGGAAGGUCAGGGAGACAUCUCGCACUGCUCGCAUACGUGACCAAAAUAUAGCGAGUCAGAUAUGAGAUCAUAAUAAAGAUAUGAGGUCGGGGAUUCGACGUGACAUGAAGUCUGAUACCAUUACGUAGCAUACUAUGACGUAACUAUAUUAAAUGAGCAGUAGGUCUGAGCCUGCUUAUCACGGAGCGAGUGCAGUGGAACGUUUCUGCGACCAGCGACCGCUUGCGCUCGUGAUCAAAACAUAGCAUUUCGCAUACCAGAAGCACAAAGGCGCACGAAUUACGCGUGGGUAGACAUUACCUUACUUCCGCGAGUCGUAGUUGUAAUAUAUUGGGUGGUUAUUCCGCAUAAAGCGUCGGCAGAUCAAUAACAACUGCACUGCCAAAUUCGUGGAGCGAUAGUUCUACGAGAGGAUUACUUGCGUGUACCGUUUUUUUUUUUUUUUUUUUCACAAUUUCAGUGGUGGUGUUGGCAACCUUAUUGUAGCAGAAGGGGGAGGAAGAUACCGCUACUAUAGAUGACUCACGCCAUUAGUAGCGGCAUUCAGAAGUACGCAGUACGCGAAAAUUCGCCGAUUCGCGCGCGCGUCGGGGCACCUAACACAGUUGCUUCUCAGUUGAAAUGUUUUAUUCCACAUUUUGGCCGCCAAAUUGACGGUGCGACCCUUACACGAGUUUAUACGUAGCUUCCGCGGCGUUGUAUGACCAGUAUGAAACGGUGUGUAGGUAUCCGCAGAUUCUUACGCGCCGAAAGCGUGGUUAACUUUUAUGGAAACGGUGUUACCCCAAUUUUGACAAUGUACACUCAAAAAUUGAUGGCAUAUGGCUUGCGUGCUGGCACAUCAUGUUCUUCGGACGUUCGGGAAUAGCUGACCCAUUCUUCUAUACAUGAGCUUCGCUUGUUGCCUUCAGAAUGCCGCGGUGCUGGGGAGCACUAUGUACAUAUCAGACCUCAAAGCGACAUGGUUGGGCUCUCAAGCGCUAGAACGUGCAAACGCAUUCUCGUCGUUUGGCACGGCGUUUCGCGAGUGAUUUACAUGCUGCCAACGAACAGCAUCAAAGCGUUGUUGGCUGCAAAAAUAAAUUAAUAAAGGUUUCUUUGUCCACACUCCA